AUGAUAUGGUCCUCGGCCAAGAGCCUGCUAAUUGUCGUUGCCGCUCUUAUCUUUGACCCUUUUUUUUUUUAUAAGGUUAAGAUACUGAUUUACCUAAAUACUUUUAACACAGCAAUUGCGCCUUGUUCAAUAAGCAACACUACUUCUUCAUCCAACGAAAUGCCUGAAGACUUUGAAGAUUUCGUAACUACCCACGAGGCGCUUAAAACUAUUUUACUGCAAGUCUCCAACGAAGAAAUUACAAAAUACGAGAAGCAACUUAGUAGUGUGAAAAAUCUCGACCCAGUCCUUAUUAUUUCUCAAAUCAAGUUUAGAUCAAUCAGCAGGGUUGGCCGGCUUAUUAUGCAAUCAUGGAUGCUUUUGCAACAAAUGGUCUUCAAAAUAGGCGCCAAGAUGAGAAUUCUGGUUGUGUCUUUCACUUCGCAACUGUCACCGAACUCUAUACUGUACGCAGAAAUAUUUACUCUUUUCAAAACGCCUUCUUCGUUCUUACUAGCUUCCAAGCUCAAAUCCCUAAUGCUCAACUGCACCCUGUUGGAACGGCGUGAAUAUAACAAAAGUGGGAGUACGCAAUAG